AGCAUCACGUGGUACUUGAUCACGUGUCUAGCAGUGUCAACCGGUGUUGUUUGCCCCUUCGAUCGUUAGACGCUUUUCACAUCUUGCUACGAUGCGUUGAACCCGGCGGACGAGAUCUGCAAAGCAAAGAGCCUCAGAAUGCCUCGGGAGCGCAAGGGAGCGAACAAAUUCAAGGACGCCGACCUCGACGGCUCGGGCGGCGUUGGAGGUGGACCGGGCGACAUGAAGCUGCAGCCCGAGAGCCCGUCCACCAAGAAGCGUCGCACACCGGCGGCUCAGGCAAGCCCUUCGAUUCCGGACUUGGUGCCACCGCCCCCGAUGACGGGCUACGGGGAGACGAUCGUCGCCUCGAACCCCUUCGACGACUCCGUCACGUCGCAGCAACAAAGCCACCUGCACCGGCGGCCACCGCCGCAGCACGCCAUGCUGCACCAGCCUCCGAACGUCUCGCAACCCCAGAUGCCGCCUUCGGGUGGGCCCGUAAUGCCACCGUCGGCGGCGAUGCACCCGAAGCCGAUGCCCAUGUCCUCGGGUAAGAUCUACCCUCCCGAUCAGCCGAUGGUGUUCAACCCGCAGAACCCGAACGCGCCGCCCAUAUAUCCCUGCGGCGUCUGCCACAAGGAGGUGCACGAAAACGAACAGGGGAUCCUGUGCGAGAGCGGGUGCAACUUUUGGUUCCACCGCAUCUGCACGGGCCUCUCGGACGCUGCGUUCUACCUGCUGACGCAGGAGAUCUACGCUGAGUGGGUGUGCGACCGCUGCCUCUCGACCAAGAGCAUACCACUCGUCAAGUUCAAGCCGUGAGGUGGUGCGUUUGUGUUGUGCGAGAUGAACGCUGGUUACUCGUGCGAUGAAGAACACUAAUUCUUAAAAUCGUGAAGUCCUCUCUCUAGCAAAGCCAGAGACUUAAGAGAGAGUCAUAGCUGUCAUGUGCUGCAUGUCUGCAACUACAAAUGUAUUUUGCUUUUAAAUAGGUGCAGCACUCGUCAUGCCCGAUAACACCAACACUGAAAGCCGCAGGCUCACUUAAGAGGAAGCUUUAGCUCGGGCCCAACUCCGACGCGGCCUGCUCAAAUACUUGUAAAACGCAAAAACGUUUUUUCGAGAUAACCCCUGAACCGAUCUUGAUUAAAUUUGUUGCAUUUGAGAGAGAAAGUUAAAUUCUAGUGACUGUUGGAAGUGGAUUUUCGAUUUAGGGCCUGAAUUUUGUUAAAAGGAGUUUCAGAAAUUCGAAAGUUUGAUAUAUAUAGAAGCACGAAGUGUACAAAUUAAUAGCUGUUGAUCAAGAACAGAUAGCGCAGUUUUGUAGACGGCAUCCAUGAGAUCAUUGAAAGUAGACAAAUUUGAUAUGUCAUCAUAUGUCUUACAGGAAUUUGUUACGCUGUGAAUAAGGGUUCUGCAAAAGCUGUAUUUACAUACUACUCAUUUUUUCGAGAUUCAUGUGUAACAUAUCAAUUUUGCCUGCUUCAGAUGUACCAUUACAUGCAACUCACAGUAUUGUGGUAUCUCUUUUCAUUGCUAAGUUACGGGGUUGUAAACUUGAUAGUUUCGUUUCCUGUGAAUUUUGGAUUUUUAAAAUUGACGACCUAAAUAAACAUUCAAAACCAACAGUCACUAAAUUUUAAGCUUUUCUUUUAAAUGCAACAAACCUUGUCAAAUUUGGUGCAGUGGUUGACGAGAAAGAUGAAUUCUCCUUUUACAUGUAUUUACAUAGGAGCACCCAAGCUAAAGCUUCCUCUUAAGGUACCUUUUGUGGUAAUGGUCUUUUUUUUUUUUGCUGAUAAAGAACAUAAUGUGUUUGACUAAAAUCUGUGUGCAGUGGUUCAUGAUGGCAUGGUAUUUAUACAUGUUUUCCUACCAUAAGUGAUAAACAGUGGCCAAAAAAAGAAUCCUCCGCCCGGAGUGAAUGUUAUGGCUAGGGACUUGUACAAGAUAUUUUUUUUCUCCCAUAAUCUUAUCUAGUGGCAGAAUCAAUUUUUGGUGUCUUUAAUAUCUUUAUAACUGAUUUCAUUUUGACACAUUUCAAGGAAAGUACAAGAGCUAAGGGUGCACAGCGUAUUGGGGGUGCUAUUGUACCUACCGCAUAAAUUUUAAUUUGCAUAUCAUGAUUCACAUAAAUAAAGCUCACAGCACAGUACAUUGGCUGCAGCAACUUUCAGGUACAUUUCUUUGCAUGAAAUUUUAAAAAAGGCUUGCCUGAGAAAAUUUCACUUUUUCUUGACAUUAAAACAGUAAAAUUUGCACAACGCAAGACCAUUUACGUAUGUCAUCAUAGCCAAUGUAAUGGGUAUGGGUAACUUACAUGGGUAACUGAAACCUCAGUUGCUACUACCAAGACAUGAUGUCAAGAAGCUGCUAUCAGCAGUGAUUAUGAAAAACAAAACAUAGUAGACAACAGUGAUAACUCAACAGCACUUGUCAAUUAAAGUCAUGCAUUCAUGUUUGCAUGCAAAAUUGUGUAUGGCCACUGCUUGUUAAGCAAGCUUGAAAAUGUUCUUACUACAAUGUAGGCAGCCAUGGCUUUCACAUCGUGGCUAUGAUUGCAUAGUUGUCUGAUGACAAGAAGAAUGCUGCAAUACAUUUUCACCAUUGGUGUCAUGGCUGGUACUCUGAUGAAGUGCCUGUUGAUAUACGCUUAUUAGCACAAAGCACAACAGUUAUCAUUCACGAGUGCUGAAAAUGGUCAUGUGCCAUCUAGUACACUGCCUAUUACAAUAAUCACAUGCAGUUAAGCAUUCUGAGAAGUAUUUCUUUACUGAAAACAGCAGGGGUGGUGGGGGGAGUUGCUGAUUUGGGAAAAAUUUUGGAACACAUAUGCCGAGGAGUGCCAAACACAGUUGAAUCCCAGUGUAACGAACACAUAUACAAUUAAUUAUUGGAUGUAACACAUUAAAUCUACAAUGUUUAUCCUGAUAUCGGCACGGGGCGAAUAUGUAUGCUUAUGAAAAUGUAUUUUUUGUGUUGGAUGUAAUUACUUAAAACAAGGUUCAACUAUACCUCGAUGAACAUGAUGAAACUGGGGCGACCAUUAGUGAAACAGUUGUUGCUGCCCGAGUUCCUGUGUUGCAAGUCUCUGACCUGCAAUUCGCAUUUCUCAUGGAUCAUUUGCACGUGCUUGUUGUUUUUAUACUGUUAUUUUCGCUGCACUCUUGUGUCAGAUAUCUUUGCCAUGUAUAAGCUGAGCGCUGUAGCAGAACAUGUGUGCCAUUUAUUAGCAAUCAUGUCAUCUCUUGUGUCAUGGGUAUAUAUUUAUAACAUCUACACAUUUUUUUCAUUUUGCUUCAUAACUUCAACAAUAAUUACAUUUUUUAAUCCUGUAAGAUAGCACAGUAAUGAAAUUAUGUAAAUAUUGUGAUGGAAACAGUGCGAGCUCGAGAAGUAAGCAUGUAGGACGACAUAGCCCAUUUCAGCUAACCAACCUUGUCAUGCAAAAUCUGUUCCACAAAUGUUUUCUUAACCCCCUGACGAAGGCCUCUAACUGCUCUUGAUGACGUUCAUUGCAGUGGAUGUUGCAUAGCAGUCUAAUUGGCCCGAUUAUUUACAAGCAUUGUUUCUUAUCUCAGUUAUCACUCAACUCCGCGUUCCAUUACCUCUGUCAGACAAUGAAUUUCGACCAUGAUAAGAUAAGUGUGGCAGCGGCAUGCUCUCUUUUACAAGAGGUGCAUUGAAGCUGCCUAGUUUCAGCGAUGAAACUCCUCGCAUUAGCCGUCGCAGUUCUUUGUUCUGGUAGGUGAUAUUUGAUUCUUCCUUCGAUGAAAAUUAUUAAGAAUGAUGCAGAAACGAAGGCUGUUAUGUGCAAAGAGGCUAGUGCACUAAGUGUAAAGAGAUUGAAAGCGUAACUUGCAUGAUUGCGUUGAUGAUGUACAUUUUCAUGUCGCAUGGCAGUAGUUGUUUCUGUUAUGAUUUGUAUGGACAUGUAUGUUUCAAGCAUGAUCUCGGACUCCCAUGUACAGUCAGCAUGUUGGGCUUGUGAAUAUAUAUUAAAAUGAACAGCGUCA